CGCCGCCCGCUUUCCACGCACCUGCGCAGCUUUCCGAGACGCUCUUUUGGACAGGAAGCUCCUGGAGGGUUCGGCGAUUCUCUUUCUGCACCCAACUUCCUUGCGAAAGGUCGAUGUUCUCGACGUGAACCCGGUGCUUCCCCAAAGUGAAUUACGUGGGACCAGCGUAGUAGGGCCCGGCGGGCCAGCCCGGAACGACAAGUCAGAGUACCGGGUUCCCUUACUGACUUCAUUGGCUGUCACUUCCGCCCAGGGGUCUGGAAUACCCGAGGCCCUUGGGCAGCGAACACCAAGGAAGGCACUUCCGGUGAGUGUUGCCAAGGCGCUGGCCUUCUGGGCCGGAGUGGCGACGUUACUGGCGUCGUCCUCUUCCCCCUUUUUUGGGGUCGAGAUGACGGGGCUCAGCCAGCCAGAGAUGGAGGGCUGUCGCAAAAUGCUUGGCCUUCUGGACAACGACGAGAUCAUGGCCCUGUGCGACACUAUCACCAACCGCCUGGUGCAGCCUGAGGACCGCCAAGAUGCCAUUCAUGCAAUAUUAGUUUACAGUCAAAGUGUAGAAGAACUUUUGAGGCGUAAAAAAGUCCACCGAGAAGUCAUAUUUAAGUACCUGGCAGCACAAGGGGUUAUUAUACCUCCAGCUACUGAAAAACACAAUCUUAUUCAGCAUGCAAAAGAUUAUUGGAAAAAGCAAUCAAAACUGAAAUUGAAGGAAUCACCAGAGCCAGUUACAAAGACAGAAGACAUUCAACUCUUUAAACAACAGGAGAAGGAAGAUAAAAAAGCUGAAAAAAUAGAUUUUCGUCGAUUAGGAAGAGAAUUCUGUCAUUGGUUCUUUGAGCUUCUUAAUUCUCAGAAUCCUUUUUUGGGACCACCUCAAGAUGAAUGGGGGCCACAGCACUUCUGGCAUGAUGUCAAGCUUAGAUUUUAUUACAGCACAUCAGAACAAAAUGUGAUAGACUACCAUGGAGCAGAAAUUGUGAGCCUUCGCUUACUGUCACUGGUGAAAGAAGAAUUUCUUUUUCUCAACCCCAAUCUGGAUUCUCAUGGAUUGAAGUGUGCUUCCUCUCCCCAUGGGUUAGUUAUGGUUGGAGUUGCUGGGACUGUCCACCGAGGGAACACUUGUUUGGGCAUUUUUGAACAAAUUUUUGGACUCAUCCGCUGCCCUUUUGUGGAGAAUACUUGGAAAAUCAAAUUUAUCAAUCUGAGAAUUAUUGGAGAGGGUUCCCUUGCUCCUGGAACAGUACAGAAACCAUCCAUUACAUUUGAGCCAAGUGAUCUCGAGGCCUUUUAUAAUGUAAUCAGUUUAUGUGGUACCAGCGAAAUACGACUUAAUGGAAAGCAGGUAUUGGAUAGUGGAACUGGAGACCAAGCUUUAUGUAGUGGAAAUGAGGCAUUGUUGAACAAAAGAGAACUGAGUUUACCUCUGAAGCAUUGAGCACCAUAUGUCAGCCUAAAAAAAUCUUCUAUACAGAAACUCUUCCAAAUUCUACAUCAGUAAUGUCUAAGUGAUUUCAGGUGUGAGGACUGACAUUUUAGUUGAAAUACCUUUCUUGACUACAGACUGCCGUCUUAUGUGAUUCUUCCCUAUUUCUACCUGAGUUUCAGCAGAUGUUCUGAAAGCUUAAUGUGGUUCAUCAAAUAAAUCCCACUUUAGAUGUAAUAGCUAAUGGUGUGCUUUAGAAACCAGGUAAUGUUUUCAUUUUACUUAGUGAAUAUUAUAAUAUCUGUAUGUUGCAGGUGGGAAAGAAUUGAUAGUGCUCUUGUUCCUCUCAAGUUUCUCAUUUACUUUUAUCUCAAUCUAGGUAAUUGGAUAGUUUACAAAUUUUACCUGUGUUGUUUAAAAAAAUAAAUAUUGUAGAGAUAUUUAAUGUGAACUUAAAGUUCUCAUUUUAGAAAAUUUGAUUGACAUUCUUAAUGCAAAAAAUCCUAUAAUUUAACAGAUGAAAAAAUUUACUUUAUCUCUUUGAAUAAUUGAGGAACAUUUUUCAGUUAUCUGCUGUAGUUCAAGCUAAAUAUCUUACAUAAUCUAUAACAUUUUCUGAACUGUUUUGGGCAAUGAUAAAUGCUAUUCCUAAAACAGACCUCAUUUUCUUAUCUAGAACUACAGUUAGCAGCUUUAUAGAGCAUUUAUUGUAGCACCUUAAACAGGAAACGUUGAAGUGUUUUAAAAUUUGUGCUUCUGUUCUUCCUCUUGACUGAUCUUGGAAGAGGUGACAAAAAGCCCACAAAUUUAUGAUAUGUGCAUACAUACAUUAUAUAUACCCAUAUCAUAAUUUAAAGUUAGGAGUUUUCCACCUCUAACUUCUGUUACGAGGUUUGAGUUACAAAGUUGAGCAUCAGGUUGAUUACAUACUGGCAUUAAAAUUUAGAUUCCUCAUCACCCAGCAACUAUUUUCUGAUCCUGGAUUUAGUUAGUAAUUUUAAUUUACAAAAGUGCCUUGUGGAAGAAAAAUUCAACUGGAAAAUUGAUACGAUGAUGUACUGUACAUGUUUUUACCUUUAACUCUGCUUAUGAUCAUCUAGGUGACUGAUAAGAAUGUUGGAAGCAGGAGGACAAAACUCUUUUUUUUGUUUGUUUUUAAUGCCAUCCCUCUUUUGAGGAGUGCAAAUCGAUAUGUCCUAAAAUAAGAACUUAAUAAAAGAGGGAAAUGCUUGUUGCCUGCUAUAAGAAUAGUGUAUUGUUUAGAUUUAAUUUACAACUCGCUUACUCUUUAAGUUUUAGGUUAUCAACCAAAAUAAAGCAUAUUUUACUACU